UACUUUCUUCCUUUCACAAAACAGAGGAGAGGAGGGUUAAAAGCCUAAGGAAGAAAUAAGGAGAAAAUGGGAAAAGAAGUGAGAAAAAGAAAGAUAACUCAGAGAAGGCAUAUGGUCACUGAUUCUUCUCCUCUUCAACAAUGGUCAUUCAUCCUCGAUGAUUUCCUUUCAAGGCCAAUCAGCAACACCUUAUUCUCCUCCGGCGAUGCUGCUCACCGCACCGAUUUGCUGCAGUCACCGAUGCCACUCCGUCUCGUUCUCGGCAGAGAGCUGGUGGCUUCAUCCGGGACCUCCAUCGAUGAAAUUUAAGGUGGCUUCGACAUGGACGAAGCUAGAUCUACCUUCGUUUGGGGUGCCUGCCGAUAAAAAACUUCCUUCUCUCUAUCUUCUGGACAGUAUUGUGAAGAAUUUUGGCCAGGAAUAUGUUAAACACUUCUCUUUACGUCUACCUCAAGUUUACUGUGAGGCAUACAGGCAGGUUCAGCCCAAUCUGCAUUCUGUUCUGCAAGGUCUCUUUGGUACCUGGUCAAAGAUAUUCCCUCCCUCUGUCCUAAGCAAUAUUGAAGCUCAAUUGCAAUCUUCACCAGCAGUUAAUAAUCAACAAUCCUUUGCUAAUCACCUUGGGGCAUAUGAUUUUCGUGGACCGAUUCUUGGGGCACAUGUCAUUAAACCACAAUCCUUGCAGCAGAUGGAACACUCUAGUUCAAUCAUGGAUAAUGUUGGUGGUGAUCGGUUGGAUUCAACGGGAACUGUAGGUAAUACAAGAGGAGGAGGAUUGAAUGAAUGGCAGCAAAAGAGAUUUUCUAGUGAUAAUUGGAACAUAUUUCAAACUUCCAAGACUUAUAAUCUUAAUGAUGAACAACGUCAAAGUCCAAGAGCUCUUAUUGAGGCAUAUGGUUGUCACAAAAGCCGUGAAAUUCCUAGUACUAAGCUUUUAUUGGUGGAGCAGCCUGGCAGAAAUGGUUUUGGGAGCAAGUUUCCAUUGGCAAGAUGGCAGGACACUGAAGAAGAGGAGUUUGAUUGGAAACAUGUGAAUCCAGGAUUAGUAGACUGUAGUAGAAACAGCAGUUCUAUGCAAUCAAGUGUUAGAUUCUCCAAGAAAAGGAAGUUAUCUAAUGAUCCAUCUAAUCCUUCACAGUACCCCUUUACUAUGGGGGCUGCUCCCCCUGCUGUCAAUGCUCAUGGCACUCGUCCUUCCGGCUUGAAUACAGCAUUUCCAUUGCAAAAACGUCCUAAUGUAGGUCAUGGCCCAAAUAAAACUCAGUUUAUACAUGACCAAUUGCCUAAUCAACCUGGACCAAUUUCCUCUAACCUGCAAAAUCAUGGACAAACACCUCAACUACAGUUUCUUCCACCUCAAAUUCCAUCUUCAACACAAAUUAGUCAUGGGAGCUCUUUGCAAGGACAUGGUGCCUCAAUAAGUACGCCCAUCUCAAAUCCAUUACCUGAUAUGCUGGGCCAAAGUUUACAUUUACAUGGGGGAAUCUUGCCACCUUUAUGUUCAAGCCUCCCAACUGCUCCAUCACAAAUGAUGUCUCAUCCCCAUGCCGAUGCUUCAGUGACAAGUCAACCACCACCUACAUAUCUUGAUUUGCUUAGUUCACUAGUGAACCACGGUGUGAUCUCGGUAACUAAUCCACCCACCGGACUGGAUUUCAUUGGGACGGAGUUCGAUCCAGAUAUCUUGAAGGUUCGUCAUGAAGGUGUAAUCAGUGCCUUAUACGGUGAUCUUCCUAGACAAUGCAGGAGCUGUGGUCUCCGAUUCAAAAGGCAAGAUGAGCACAGUAGACAUAUGGAUUGGCACGUGACUAGGAACCGAAUGUCAAAAAGCCGGAAGCAGAAGGGGUCUCAAAAGUGGUUUGCAAGUGGGAGCAUGUGGCUGAGUGGUGCAGAGGCUUCGGGAAAGGAAUCGAUUCCAAGGUUGUUGGCUGCCGAGGAGACAGAGGAAAUGAAAGAUGAGGAAGAGUUAGGCGUUCCUGCUAAAAAGGAUCAGAGUCGAUGUGCACUAUGUGGAGAGGGCUUCGAUGAGUUUUACAGCUAG